AUGGUGCAACUGUUGCGCCGGACUCUUCGACAAGACAUCGGUGUCACUUGGCCGCCGCCGCCGACGGUUAACGGUCUCUCCGGCAGCGGCAAAAAGGGAGGAGGCAGCGGCGAAGGAGGAGGAGGAGGACGAGAAGAAGGAGGUAGAAGAGGAGGACCGCAGACCAUCGAUCGAUCUCUCCGUUUUGGCGCCAAAACGACAACGGCACCGAGCAAUCACUUCUUACAUGUCGCCCGACACACCGGAACCUAUCAAGGGGUCAACUAA